CCGAUUUUUUUAAGCAAGCAAACCGAAGUCAUGAGAUUUUUCCUGUAAACCUUUCUUCUUCGUCAUCUCUCUCCCACUAUUUUAACCCUAAUUUAUCCAGUUCUUUAUCUUCUGAUAAACAAGUACUGUAUCAAAUCAAAUCCUUAGAGGGAUUGUUGUAGAAUCUGUGUAAUAAUUUCUAUAAAAGGGGAAUGGCUUGGAGGCGUCUUCUCAUACAAGUGUCAAGACAUCAACAACAGUUGCAGCAUUCUAAAAAUUUGCUUGUUAGAGAUCCCGUCCCGUUGCAGAAGCUCUUAGGCGGUGAUGUGAAAAGCUUUCAAUAUCUUCAGCAAAGGUUUCAGUCGAGUUAUGUUGGUAAUUUUGCUCGUCGAGUACGUGAAUCAGAAGGUUUGAGUGAUGCCGCGAUGCUUAGAGAGCUCUCCCGCCGAAAUGAUCCCGAAGGAGUCAUAAGACUAUUUGAGGGUCAGCCUGCACUGCAUACUAGCCCAUCAGCACUUGCUGAUUAUGUGAAAGCCUUAGUCAAAGUUGAUAGGCUUGAUGAAAGUGAAUUGCUCAAGACAUUGCAAAGAGGUAUGUCCGGUGUCUCAAUGGGUGAAGAAAGUACUGGUGGGUUUUCAGCUUUGAAAAAUGUCGGAAAGUCCACGAAAGAUGGUGUUCUUGGAACUGCUGCUGCUCCUAUUCACAUGGUGACAGCAGAAGGUGGGCAAUUCAAAGAGCAGUUAUGGCGUACUUUUCGUGCCAUUGCACUAGCAUUUCUCCUCAUUUCAGGUGUUGGAGCACUAAUUGAGGAUAGAGGAAUAAGUAAAGGUCUGGGGUUAAAUGAAGAGGUACAGCCUAGCAUGGAGUCCAGUACAAAAUUUAGUGAUGUCAAAGGUGUUGAUGAGGCCAAAGCUGAGCUGGAAGAAAUUGUUCAUUAUCUGCGUGAUCCUAAGCGUUUCACACGUCUUGGAGGUAAGCUCCCUAAAGGUGUUUUACUUGUGGGUCCUCCCGGGACUGGUAAAACCAUGUUAGCAAGAGCCAUUGCUGGAGAAGCAGGAGUACCAUUCUUCUCUUGCAGUGGGAGUGAGUUUGAGGAAAUGUUUGUUGGUGUGGGAGCUAGGAGAGUAAGGGAUCUAUUUACUGCAGCAAAGAAGCGGUCUCCAUGUAUAAUUUUUAUUGAUGAGAUUGAUGCAAUUGGAGGGAGCCGUAACCCUAAGGAUCAGCAGUACAUGAAGAUGACUUUGAAUCAGUUGCUGGUCGAGCUUGAUGGCUUUAAACAAAAUGAUGGAAUUAUAGUUAUUGCUGCUACCAACUUCCCCGAGUCUUUGGAUAAAGCACUUAUUAGACCUGGGCGUUUUGACCGUAACAUUGUUGUUCCCAAUCCAGAUGUUGAAGGACGGAGACAGAUAAUGGAAGCUCACAUGUCAAAGGUCCUCAAAGGAGAGGAUGUUGAUCUAAGUGUUAUUGCCAGAGGAACACCUGGUUUCUCAGGUGCAGAUCUUGCAAAUUUGGUGAACGUUGCAGCUCUAAAAGCCGCAAUGGAUGGUGCUAAAGCAGUGAGCAUGACCGACUUAGAGUAUGCAAAGGAUAAGAUUAUGAUGGGAAGUGAACGCAAAUCGGCUGUGAUUUCUGACGAAUCACGAAAACUAACAGCAUUCCAUGAAGGUGGCCAUGCUUUGGUAGCCAUCCAUACAGAUGGAGCUCAUCCAGUUCACAAAGCAACAAUUGUUCCACGAGGAAUGUCUCUUGGGAUGGUAGCGCAGUUGCCUGACAAAGAUGAGACUAGCGUUUCUCGCAAGCAAAUGCUUGCUCGGUUAGAUGUUUGUAUGGGUGGGCGAGUAGCAGAGGAACUUAUAUUUGGAGAAAGUGAAGUUACUUCUGGUGCAUCUUCAGAUCUCCAACAAGCAACGUCUUUAGCAAGAGCAAUGGUCACAAAAUAUGGAAUGAGCAAAGCAGUUGGGCUUGUAGCUCACAAUUAUGAUGAUAAUGGGAAGAGUAUGAGCACUGAAACUAGACUUCUUAUUGAAGAAGAGGUGAAAGGAUUCUUGGAUAGGGCUUACAAUAAUGCAAAGACAAUUCUAACCACCCACAACAAAGAACUCCAUACACUAGCUAAUGCUCUACUGGAGAAAGAAACACUCACAGGAACCCAAAUCACUGCUUUACUGGCGCAAUCAAAGCAAGUGAGCCAACCAAAACAAACUGUUACAUCACAGAGUCGGACUUCACAAUCGCCAUCAGUGCCUCCAUCUGCACCAAAUCCGGCUGCAUCUGCUGCUGCUGCGGCCGCGGCGGCAGCUGCAGCAGCAGCCGCAGCGGCCAAGUCCAAAGGAAUCGCUCCAGUGGGAUCUUAGGGUUAGUGAUGACUGGUAAGGCUCUGAUUCACGUCAGUUUGUUAUUUGUCAGGUUCGAUGUGCAUAUAGUUACCCUAGCCUAUAUAUAGGAUUCAUCUUUGGUAUAAAUGCGAAGAAUAGUUUUGCUUGCUUUCCUGUUGAGAAUUCGUUUCAUGUUGUCAUGUUUCCAUUUUUGGUAUAAAUGGGAAGAAAAGGCUCUGUAACUCUAUAAGUCGGGUUCAAGGUUCUUGCAAACCAUCUUAUUAGAUAUGUUGAAUUCAUGCAAAGACUUCUCAAAUUUUAAUGUAGUUAGUUUAGCUUUGUGGUGAA